AUGCCACCUGCCAAACGCCGCUGCCCUGAUCCAGAUCCUGAUGAAUGGGUAUGGGAACAACACAGACCUACCUUCCUGAGGCUCUAUCAAACAGAGCGGAAAACACUCAAAGAAGUAAAGGAGAUCAUGGAAAGCGAACAUGGAUUUCCUGUCAAUUCCUUGUUGACUUACGAAACAAAGCUCCGCGAUGAGCUUCACUUGCGUAAAAAACUCAAGAAAACCGAUUGGGUUUCCGUGCACCAUCAUCGCCUAAAAAGAGGCGACAAGCCCACUGGGGUCUAUCUUAAUGGGACAGAAAUCCCACAGCACAAAGUGUGGAAGGAGAUUAGAAGAUCAGGAGCUCGAUCAGCAGACAAUAGUAAGGAGCCUCGCCCAAGCCUAAGCACUUUACUACCGGCCCAUAUGCUGCACUAUUAG